AUGGCCUCCUAUCACCUGCUGCCCGCCCAAGAAGAGGAGGAGAUCUUCAAGAUCCGCCUCCUCAACGUCGAAGAGAAGCCGUUCAAGCGCAUAUCUAAGAGACUCGCGUCCCUCCACACCCUGACGUCCGCGAGGGCGCGCCAGUUGGCCACCCCGCCGCCCGACGCCGCCAAUCAGGGUGCCGGCGAGGCCGCCGCCGCAGCCGACGAGCUCCCCGACCUGCUCAGGAGCCCCGAGGAGCUGUCCAAGUUCCGCGAGGACGUCAUGCUCGACUUCGCCGCCAUGGAGAGCGCCAUCACGCGCUUCCAGUUCCUCCUGUCCUCCAACGAGCGCGAGCGCGCGCGGUACAACGACGACAAGGUCCGCAUCAUGGACGAGUGCGACCGCGUCCGCGACAGGACGGGCCAGCUGCGCGCGCAGCUCGACGAGGCGCGCGCCACGCUCGAGCAGCGCAAGAAGUUCGACGAGCUCGCGGGCCAGAUCACCAAGGACCCCAAGCUGCGGCCGCGCAACGUGCAGGAGGCGGCGCUGCGGAAGCUGCAGGAGGAGUGCGCGCAGCUCGAGGAGGAGAGCGGGACGUACGUCGAGACGGCGCGGGAGCGCAAGGAGCAGUUCAGCCGGAUCAUGGACGAGAGCAUGCGCCUACGGCGCCUCAUCCGCGACGAGAAGGAGGAGGUCGAGCGCAGGGAGGGCAUGGACGACGAGGGCGAGGCCGGCGGCGCCGAGGCCGAGAACGAGGGCGCCACGCCGCGGCCUGGCAUCUCCAGCGGCAACGCCACGCCCAAGCCCGACAGUGGCGCCCUGCCGAAGCUUGUUCCUGGUCUGGAUGCGGCCGAUGCCAGUACGCCGCGCCCGAGCUCUACGCUCGGCGGUCAGACCCCGGCACGGGAGACCCCGGGCCCGGAUGAGAGCCUCAAGGAUCCCCAGCAGGGCGAGUCAUUCUCAAGAGAGAGCCGGGCGCCUAGCGCCGCUCCGUCUACGAGGGUAGUCGAUGCGGGAGAGACGCCCAAGGAGGCUGAGGGAACAGAUGUGGACAUGGAGGACUCGUCUCGCGCGAUCGGGACACCGCAGCAGGCAGCCGACACACCUCGCAUCACUGUAGAGGGCGACGAGGCUGGGGAGAAGAUGGACACCACAUGA